CCUCUUUAGCCAAAUGCCUUUUCUUUAUUACUCCUCCAUCUACUUGACUUGUUCUUCUUUCUUAUUAAGGAAAGAGAUUUAGCCUCCAUUUGUUUGUGUUAAUAUAUGAGCAAAGGCUUUAGCAUUUCAAGCAAUAUGAAUUGCUUCAAAGCAGCAGCAUUAAUGAUCAUGUCCAUCAUGUUUUUGUCCAUAUCAUUGGACUUUUUCUCAGACCAAUAGUCUCAACAAGUCUCAAUAAGUCGUACAACUUUAGACAAUUACACUUGGGACACUUUCCAUAUCUUUGGAUUCUAAGAGUUUUUUCUCAGACCAAUAGUCUCAACAAGUGUGUCCUGGAUAUGAACAUUUCAGGGGAGGCCUGUACAACUUUAGACAAUUACACUUGGGCUGGUUUUUUAAAUGAUCACCCUUGUUGUGGAUUAGCUUUCAAUACAUAUUUACGAGCAUUGGCAUGUUGGACUAACCAAACAAGACAUAUGUUUCUCAAUUCCACACAACAAAGUGACUGCUUAACUUUGAUGAAUAACAAUAGUACUUCUGAUAACUUUAGCUGUGGCGUUGAAAAGUUGACUAGUACUGGUGAAGGAGGCUGCUCUAAUUAUUCAUAGAUCGACGUUGAGAACAAACUUGGAAGCAGAUUGAAAAGUCUGAGAGAUGACUGUAGGCUAAUGGAUUCAGGAGGAGGAGGACUUACUAAGGGUUGCAACAAGUGUUUGAGGACAUGGAGAGAAAUAGCGAAAAAUGAUACGACGGAACUUGAAGAUGAUAUUUGUAGAUUUAGUAUGCUGAUUUUAUUAACAAGCCAAAGAGUUUCUGAUGAGAGUUGGGUUGACAAAAUCUUUCAUUGCCUAGGAGACAAUUCUCUUCCUUUAGCUUUUGCGGAUGAGUGUGGAAAUGAAACUAGACGUCGAACUAAAUUUAAAACUGAUCUUUGGAUUCUAAUUGGUGGCGUAGUGGGUAUGGUGUUAGUAAUAAUCGUUGCGUUGUGGAUCUUAUCGAAAAGGAAGGUUGAAGUUAAACCAUCAAAUGGAAGAUAUAUAUCAGAUGAAUUUUACUCGGAGGAAUCAACCUAUCGUAGACUAUCACUUAAAGAAAUUUACUCCGCAACUGACAAUCUUAGCAUGUCCAACUUUAUAGGUCAAGGCCUAGCUGGAAAAGUAUACAAAGGAAUUCUGGCAGAUAGAAAACAUGUGGCAGUUAAGCACAUAAUUAAAGAUGAACAGAUGGAAACAUUUGUUAGAGAAGUUACAAGUCUCUGGCAUAUCAAACAUCCAAACCUUGUAUCCCUGCUAGGCCAUUAUGAUGGACCAAAUGAGUGUUUUCUAGUUUAUGAGCUACGCCACAAUGGAAAUAUUUCCGAAUGGCUAUUUGGUAAAAGUAAAUAUCACUUGUGGAGACGCGGACUAGAAAUUGCACUUGAUUGUGCCCGUGGUCUCCUCUUUCUCCACUCAUUGCCUGAAGGCUCCAUUGUUCACCGGGAUAUCAAGCCAGCAAACAUUCUUCUAUCUGCCAGCUUUGAAGCCAAACUCUCAGACUUUGGUCUGUCCAAAAUUAUUAGCAUUGGCCACUCAUAUGCCAGCUCAGAAGUGAGAGGAACCUUUGGUUAUGUUGAUCCUGAGUACCACAAGAACCGGCAUGUUAAUACUUAUGGUGAUGUCUAUAGCUUUGGGAUAGUGCUGCUACAACUUUUAUCUGGACAAAGGGUUAUCAACGUGGAUUUGAAGAAGCCUAUGCCUCUAAAUAAAAUGGCGAAAAACUUGACCAAAGGUGGGAACAUCAAAAAAAUUGCUGAUCCAAAACUGGAGGGAAAAUUCUCAAUGGUGGCAUUUGAACUUGUAUUUAAGCUAGCUUUGAGUAGCAUAGGGCUUAAGAAGCAAACACCAUCCAUGGAACAGGUGGUUAUUAAACUCGAAGAGGCUCUUGAUUUAUCAACACGAAUUGAGUCAGUCCAUCCUUAGUUCAAGUCAAUCCAUUCUCUUUAUCUGGUUAGUCCAGAUUAAAUCUGAUAGCUCACGUACUGAUACGAGUACGAUCACGAUCAUGGACACUUUUUGAUUAUUUUAAAGACCACCUAAAGAGUGCACAAGUCUAAGUGUGAAGGAGGCCCAAAACCGUCCCAAGCACACUCCAUGGGCUGUUUUUGGGGCCCUUUUCUUUAAAGGGUCUUUUAUUCUUUUGCCUUUUAUUUUGUAAUGUAAUAUAAAUUAAACAUUGUAAGGUUUUAGUUGGUAGUUUUUAUGAAUGUUGAAGAAAGAACACUCCUCUUAGAGAGAGAGAGUCCACAACCGAUACUAGGGCCUAGUAUAAGGGUGGAUUCUCUUGUAUGUUGCAUUUUGCUUGAUACGUUGGUGCUUGGGUGGUGGACGCCUCUCUUGUGUCAAUUGUAAGAGUUAGGUGUUUGUUGUGUGAAGUGUUAAAGGUCCAAGAGUGGAAUAUGCUCUUGGAUUGUUAAGACUACAUCAGCACUUGUCUAACUAUCUAUCUUGUAUCUUGUUUUGGUUUCGGUUUCUUGUGUUCUUAAUGUAACCCGUUUGUUCUUGUUGCUAUUGUAAUAUUGUGGAGCUUCAUCUUGUGUUUCUAAACUUGUUGUUGGCUGGCUGUUUUGGUGUAUUAACACCUUGUAUCCUCUUCUUUCUUGUUCUAG